AUGGCCGGCUUGGAAACGGUCUAUGCCAUUCACCACUUUGAGGCCGAAAACCCAGAUGAAAUUGCAUUCGCAGUUGGUGAGCCCAUCAUUGUCCUCGAAAAAGACGAUGGCUACAACGACGGUUGGUGGCAGGGACGCAAUGUCAAAGGCGAGAUCGGCUUGUUCCCCAUGAACUAUACUUCGCCACAACAGCCCAAAAAGUCACGAUCACCAUCAAUCGAUGAUAGCAUGAACAAGCUACAACUUUCACCCUCUAUCAACAAUAACAUCCUCCAUCAACAACAGCUUCCAACACCUUCGACAUCCGCCUCAACAACGCGCCGAUCACCCGAUCUUCGUAACAACUCAAUCUCCUCAAUCGCUUCUUCAAAGUCUCAACAACAACAAAAGCAACAUCAACAUGCUGGCUCAUCACCAUCACGACCGUUGACUCUUUCAAAGAAUGUACACAAGCUAUUGGCAACCGCGUUAGCACUUCCCGAACUUAAAUCAACAUUGCCGGAAGAUUGGACUGUGGAUCAAGUGGCUGUGUGGAUGGAUGCUAUGGGCUUCGACGCUGUUGCUGAUAAUUUCAAAGCACAAGAAAUCACUGGUGAUAUCUUAUUGGAACUUACAUUGGAUUCCCUAAAGGAGUUGGAGAUCAAUACAUUUGGCAAACGAUUCAAGAUCCAUAGUGCUAUCAAUGCCUUACGAGAACAUUGCAAGCAGGCUUCUUGCGAGGAUCGUGCAACCACUACUACCACUCCCGAUGAUACUCGAUCAAAUGAUGACACCACCACGUCCCGCUCACUUUCCUCACCACAAAUUGCUGCAAGUGAUUAUGCAUCAUCCACAACAUCCGACGAGUAUCCUCAAGCUGCACGACUUUAUACCAUGGAUUCUAUCCCUUCAACAACACCACCAAUACAUCAACAUCAUCAUCAUCAUCAUCAUCCACUGCGUGGACCAGCAGCUUAUCGACAUAGUGAGGAGAGCAUCAGGAGCAAUCACAGCAUUCGACCUAUGGAACAACAAGGUUUAACCCGCAGCCAAUCGAUGCUAAAGCAACAACCGCAACAUCCAAGUCACCGACAACCGCCAAAUGUAGAGCUGAGUACAAGAUCAGCAGGACGCAAUCCAUCGGAAAAUCACUCAUCAUUACCACCACCAGCAUCAUCAUCAUCAUCAUCAACGAGACCGAUGGUGCGUAAUUCGUUUUCUCCUACAUCCAAACCUCAGAAUGUCGUACCUGUCGCAAGUCGGGCUUCUAUGGAUAGUCUACUUCAACGCUCUACACAAUUGGAUGUCGUGCCCGACAUGGAGGGCUGGUUGCAUAAGCAAGGCGACAAGUAUAAAACGUGGAAUAGGCGGUGGUUUGUGCUCAAGGGUCCCAAUCUAUUUUAUUUCAAGAGUCCAAAGGAUGUGAGGAUGAAAGGGAUCAUCAAUUUGCGAGGGUACAAAAUCAUCAAUGAUGAGACGAUCUAUGCUGGCAAAUACUGCUUCAAGGUGCAACAUGAUCGAGAACGCACAUUUUAUUUCUACACCGAAUCCCAACGCACAAUGAAGUCAUGGAUGAAUGCAUUGAUGAAGGCAACUAUUGCCAGGGACUAUGCAGCUCCCGUUUUAUCAUCAAGUACAGUACCCACGGUGUCAUUAGAUAUGGCACGCCGCAUGAAACCUCGUCCACCUUCAAUGAUAUUGUACAAGAAAGAUGAAUUCAAAGGACAAGAGCAGCUAUCUCCUAUCAUGGAUGACUCCCCGAUCAGCCCUUAUGCACAACAAACGCGAGAAUCAGGCAUCACCGAUUAUGAUGAUGAACCACAUUAUCGACCGGAUAACAACGAGAAGAGCGAGAAGCGACAAUCACCACGUGUUUCUUCGGAUGAUCAGGAACCCGAAUCUUUCAAAUCACCAUCAGCUGCUUCUUUGGAUGAUUCUGGAUUUCAAAGUGGACCCAUCUCCUCUAUACUCAGCCCACCCCACAGCAGUAGUACCAGCAGUAACAGCACAUCAAACACCACUACCAUUCACCAUCGAUACCAUGUUGGCAGCUCUGAUGAGGAUUUGAUUGAUCCACAGCAUACCAGCAUGCUCACAACAAGUCGCCCAGGAGGUCUUAAACGGUUAACUGAAGAGAGUCAUUUGAGCGUCAACGCAUCUAUUUGGAGCACAACCGAUUACAUUGACUGGUUGCAGCAAAAUGUGGAUCGUAAAGUGACAAGUCUUAGCGAUUUGCGUACGGGCGACAUCUUGAUUGAGCUAUUGGAAAACUUGAGUGGCAAAGAUGUACGACGACCACCCAGUACUGCCAAUUCCCCUGCCAACAUGCAGAUGCUGGAUAAUAUUGUUGCUGCAUUCAAAUUUAUGGGUCGUGAAGGUGUUGAAGUGGAUGGACGAUAUACCAUUAAAGAUGUGUUUGGAGCAAACGAGUCAAAGAUUAAGGAAAUGCUGGAUGCCAUCAAGACAUGGUCAGACACCUCUCACAAUGACAAGAAAGCAAGUGGAGGAACUUUUGGAGAAGGCAAUUUCAAGGGAUUGGAUCAAGACACAACAUUGUCUUCCUUUGCCUAA